GUGACCAAAGCUGUCAACUAUAGAAUUAAAAACUGCAAUACACUGCAGGUACAUAUAAUUUUCUAUACAUAAAUACAGAAAUUACAAGUGACCCGAAUUUGUACUCAAGAAAAGGACCGAAGCAAAUGUAUGUAAUUACAUCCCACCACUGGUAAUAUUUAAGUAAGAAAAAACCCUUUAGCCAAAAUGCAACUAACUGUCUGUCUCACAUGAGUGUGAUGUGAUGAUGAGCGUGUGCUCAGUCAAAGUCAUUGAUCCCAGCAUCAGGCAGCAGAUCUGCUCUCUCUACAGGGUCACCACUUUCCCAGAUCCACACAGAGCUCUGUGAGUCUCUCUCCAUCACCCCCCCAGUCCUCCACCUGUUCCCCUGAGAUAUAACUAUUGUCCUGACAUCAAUAUAACCAUUCGGCGUGUGUGACCUUUUAUUGUGUCACCAAGGUCUCUGAUUGGCGGAGACUGUGAGAAACUCCACUCAGACCAAGACCCACACAUUCAUAUGGAGAUGUGGGACUAUAAAUAGGAGGGAUGAAGCCAGCAGAGAUCAGAUUCUCUCUACAGAGACCUCUACAGCACAGAGAUCCAGCCAUGGCACCUACCAUCACUGCAGCAAUGACCAAUUCUCAGGAGCAUCUCACUCUGACCCACAAGCUCAGAAAGCCUCUGGUGGAGAAGUUACGCAGAGAGCGAAUCAACAGCAGCAUCGAGCAGCUCAAGUCUCUCCUGGGUCCAGACUUCCUCAAACAGCAGCCAGACUCCAAGCUGGAGAAAGCAGACAUCCUGGAGAUGACAGUUUGUGUCCUGAGACGACUGCAGCAGCAGCAUCAACAGCAGAGAAGACUGCUGAACCACGUCAACAAGCUGCAGUCUUCCUCUGACAACAACCUGACAGAGGCUGACUUCUCUCCUCUGAGCUCCACAGUCCACACCAGCAUCACCAAAGACAAGAGUCCAGACAACAGCUCCCUCUGGAGGCCGUGGUAGACACCAACUCACUGGAGUUACUGCCACACAAACUCUCAUGACCACAUUGGUCAAAGAUUACUGGACUGAAUCCUUUGAAAUUUGAUGGACUUGUUCUUCUGUAUGUACAGAAGGCUGUAUUUUGUGUAUUGAGUUUGUUCAAGAUGACAUUUCCUGAGGAAAUGACAGCAACAAUAUCUUUCAAGUUGAGAAAGAGAACCUCUUGUCAUGCAUGUUGCAUGAACAACAUCUGAUUGCAACAGCAAUUAUUAUCAUACCUCACUGUACUUCAUGUGUUGGUAGUAUAUGCUAUGAUAACAGUUGUUAUCUUUUGAUUCUUACUGAUCACAUUGAUCAGAAAACUUUAACUGUCCUUUUAUGGGCAUAUUGUCAUAAUGAACUUUAAUCUCUGAUUAAUCAAAACUGAUCUGUUGUCAGAUCCAUAUGUUUCUAUUUUUUUUUAUAAAAGUUUUGCUUAAUGUCACAAUUCUUUGUGACGCUUUGACGAUUCAAAUCACGACAAGUAUUGUUAAAAUAUAAUACAAUGGUGAUAUCUUUAACCUCUUGAUUAAUAAUGAUCAUUUUGAUCAAAAAACUUUAACUGUCCCUUUUAUGCACAUAUUGUCAGAAUGAACUUUAAUCCGUUUGAUUAAUCAAAACUGAUCUGCUGUCAGAUCCAAAUGUUUAUACUUUUUUCUAAAAGUUUAUUUAUUUUCACAAUUGUCCUGUGAUGCUUUUAUGAUUCACUUCACAACAUGUAUUGUUAAAAUAUAAUACAAUGGUGAUAUCUUUAACUUCUUGAUUAAUAAUGAUCAUUUUGAUCAAAGUUCUUAAUUUGUCCUUUUUUUGGGACAGUUUGUCAUAUUGGACUUAACCUCACUUGAUUAUUGAAGAGUGAUCCAUUUUAAGAUCAACAUUUAUCUUUUUACAAAACUAAGUUUUGUUUAUUUUCACACUGUCACAGUUUUCAGUGACAAUUCAAAUCUUAACAAUUUGAGAAAAAAUAAGUGUUCAUUCAGAACGAUGUGAUCUGUUUUAAGGUCAGUUUUUACCAUUUUAUGUUUUGUUCACAAAAUACAAAUGUUUUAAUCCAUUUGAGAAAAUCC